AUGAAUUUAUUGCCUAAAAGUCACAAAGAAUUCAGCGAAAAAGAUUAUUGGAAUAAGUUUUUCAAAAAAAGAGGCAACAAAGCUUUUGAAUGGUAUGGCGAAUAUCUGGAACUGUGCGCACAGCUACACAAAUACAUAAAACAGAAAGAUUCUAUACUCGUAACAGGCUGCGGCAACUCGAGUCUAAGCGCUGACAUGUACGACGUCGGAUACACAAAUAUCACCAACAUAGACGUGUCUGAAGUCGUAAUAAAACAGAUGACGUCGGUAAAUUCCCAUAGAGUUGAUAUGAAAUUCAUAUAUAUGGACGCUUUGAAUAUGAAUUUUGAAAAUGAUAGUUUUAGCGUAGUUCUUGACAAAGGCACUCUAGAUGCUUUGAUGCCUGACGAUUCUGAAGAAACUAAUAAGAGUAUAGACAAGUAUUUUUCUGAAAUAAAGCGUGUACUGAAACUUGGUGGGCGCUAUUUAUGUGUAACAUUGCUGCAGAGUCAUAUUUUAAAUAAGCUGUUAACUUUCUGUGAUAAGUCGUGGAUGUUCCGCAUUGUGCGGUGUCAUGAAGCGGAGGAGAAAAAUGCUGAAAAUGGUGAUGGGACUACUAUGCCUGUAUUUAUGGUUGUCGCUACUAAAUUCAAGGAGAUGCCAAAGAUGAUCCUGGAAGUGUGCAUGGUGGGAGACAAAAUGUUGCGGCUUGACUCAACCGAACAGGUGCGGGAGUGCGUCAAAUCUGUGCAAGACACUGCGUUCGUCACCAACGGACUGGCCAGAACCAGCUUGGAUGGUGACGGUGAGGUAUCGUUGGACUUAAUGCUACCUGGUGAUGAUUCUCCUCGUUACACACUCUACGUAGUCGAUCAGAAAAAAUCGCAAGCUGUCAACAAGUAUGCCGUCUUCAUUGUGCCACAGGGCAGAGAAUCGGAGUGGCUGUUUGGCACGCCUGUCGGGCGGCGGCAGCUCCAGGACUCAGCCAAGUUCGGUCGCUUGGUUGUAGCAGUGUUAAGACGAGGCCACCGUUUUGAGAGCUUGGAGGCAGUCAAGGAAGAGCUCACGCAUUCUGCUAAGAUGCUGAUUCCUUAUGGGUUUACUGGACAGAUCCCGUUCCUGUCUUUGGGCAGUGACGUCGGCCGACGCGUGAAAGUGCACGAGGGCUCGUCCAAGUUGUCGGGCGACUUCGUCGUUGAGGAUGUGGACGUGGAGGGAACCACUUACAGGCGGCUCGUCUUCCUCGAUAACCAGUUCUUGGUGCAGUCCGAGGCUAAGUUGAAAGAAGUUAAGCGCAAGAACAAAACAAAACUAGUGGUAGACUUCGGGCACAUCUCGCAGUACCACACGUUCAUGUGCGUGGGCGCACAGCUCGCGCUCCGCCAAGGAGGAGGUGGGAGGAGGAUCGCUGUGCUGGGGUUAGGUGGAGGGAGUCUUUGUAUGUUCCUCGUCAAGUGCUUUCAAGGCCUUAAGGUAACAGCGGUAGAUAUAGACCCGGCGAUGCUGGAGGUGGCCAAGAACUAUUACGAGUUGCAACUCGACGAACAUUUGGAGGUGCAGAUCAAAGAUGGCCUGGACUUUUUGAAGGAUGAAGCUGAUAAUAAGCUACAGUACUCGGCAGUUAUGUUCGACAUGGACAAUAAGGAUCGGUCGCUCGGCCUGUCGUGUCCCCCGCCGCAGUUUCUGGAAGCCGACGUGAUGGCACACGUGCACAGCAUAUUGACGGAUGAUGGCCACUUCAUCCUGAAUCUAGUCUGCCGUGACACCGACCUUCGCGCCUCAAUAGUAACAACGCUGAAGCAGCAUUUUAAGCACCUUGUCUCAGUACAACUGUUCGAGGAAGUCAAUGAGAUCAUAUUCGCUACGAACAACGAUCAAAUUUAUACAAAUGAGUUGUUAGAAGAAGCAGCUAAAGGGUUGAAUGCCACUGCAAGACAGGUUAAUUUGGUAAAAGUGAAAUGUGUCGAUUUGAAAGACUUUUUAUCAUCUGUUAAUGUCUUGUCAUAGUUAAUAAAUUAUCUUAUGUGGCUUUGUAAUCUUAUGUUAUAGCGUUUAAAAACUAAAUUUCGCUGAAGGAAAGAAAAAGAACAAAGAAUAUUCCAUAGAAGUUUCUUUUCGGAACAAAUCUUCUGUUACCCAGCAUUCUGUAAAUUUGUUAUUUGUAAAUAAUAUUGAUGUAU